UCUACCCCUCGCGGGUUGGGAGAAGUGGGUUUGGGCGGCCGGAACUGGGCAGCCUUUCGGCUUGGGUGGACCCACGGACCCCUCUCCAGCGCCGCGGGAAUAGGACCGCCCAAACGCGGAGGCUUCGCGUAAGAAAAGGCCGGAUCGGGGACCCCUCCUCACCGCGCCGUCAGGGUCGCCCACAGGUUGAGGAGAGAGCAAAGGCCUCUGAGGAGGGAGACCUGGGGUCGUGCCCGGCCCCCCCCUCGAAAGUUCCCUGUGGAUGUGCCAUUCGUUUUUGCCUCUGUUCGCCGCAUUUUCCUUUUCUGUAAAUCGGGGUUAAUGACAUUAACCUUCUUACCAUCAGGGGUUAGUGGUGGGAGUGAUAAAUAAUUGCUACUAUUUGUUUACUAAACAAUCGAUGAUUUCCCAUCAUCUUCAAAACAGCCGUAUGAGUGUGGACCCAGUCAGCAGCCAGGCCAUGGAACUCUCUGAUGUCACCCUUAUUGAGGGUGUGGGUAAUGAGGUGACUGUGGUGGCAGGUGUGGUGGUGCUGAUUCUAGCCUUGGUCCUAGCUUGGCUCUCUACCUACGUAGCAGACAGCAGUAGCAACCAGCUCCUGGGCACUAUUGUGUCAUCUGGCGACACAUCCAUCCUCCACCUGGGGCACGUGGACCAUCUGGUGGCAGGCCAAGGCACCCCAGAGCCAACCGAACUCCCCCAUCCAUCAGAGGGUAAUGAUGAGAAGGCUGAAGAGGCUGGCGAAGGUGGGGGAGACGCCACAGGGGAACCUGGAGCUGGGGGUGGUGUUGAGCCCAGCCUUGAGCAUCUGCUUGACAUCCAAGGCCUGCCCAAAAGACACGCGGGCCCGGGGAGCAGUGGUCCAGAGGCGCCCCUGAGAUCUGAGGAUAGCACCUGCCUACCUCCCAGCCCCAGUCUCAUCAACGUGCGGCUCAAAUUUCUCAAUGACACCGAGGAGCUGGCUGUGGCCAGGCCAGAGGAUACUGUGGGUGCUCUGAAGAGUAAAUACUUCCCUGGACAGGAGGGCCAGAUGAAACUGAUCUACCAGGGCCGCCUGCUGCAGGACCCAGCCCGCACACUGCGUUCCCUGAACAUUACCGACAACUGUGUGAUUCACUGUCACCGCUCACCCCCUGGGUCAGCUGUUCCAGGCCCCUCGGCCUCCCUGGCCCCCUCCUCGGCCACUGAGCCACCCAGCCUCGGCGUCAGUGUGGGCAGCCUCAUGGUGCCUGUGUUUGUGGUGCUGCUGGGUGUGGUCUGGUACUUCCGUAUCAAUUACCGUCAGUUCUUCACAGCACCUGCCACUGUCUCCCUGGUGGGGGUCACUGUCUUCUUCAGCUUCCUAGUAUUUGGGAUGUAUGGACGAUAAGGACCAUAGGGAGAAAAAUGAAAGGCAUGGUCUUCCUCCUUUAUGGCCUCCCCCCUUUCCUGGCCAGAGCUGGGCCCAAGCGCCUGGGAAGGGAGGGUGGAAAGGAUGUGGCAGGUCCUCCUCCGUAGGACCCAGGAGGCAGGCACGGGGCCUCCCCUUCACGUCCACAAGGGUACAGAAGUCCCAUCUGUGCAAGCACAACUCAGGUAGAAAUGAGAAUGUCAUCUUCCUUCACUUUUAAGGUCCUGAAGUUCAGAGCUGAGCUGGUGGCCCAGCUCAAUGGGGAGCCUGGGCUCUGAGGAUUCUCUCCCAGCUGUGGCCCUAGCUCUUUCCAUCAUCCUGCAUGUCUACUCAGCCCCCAGGGCUGCCUGGCAGGGCAGCUCAGCAUGGCCCCAGCAUAAUUCUGUAGGGAGCCUGGAGAGUCUUUCGGUUCCUUAGUGGAAUAACCAUCUUUUGAGACUAAAAGUCACACAGGCAGGAGUGCAGUUUGUGUCAGCUUUCCCUGUAGGCACCUGGCCACCUCUACCUUCUCUCCCCACCCUGUAGCGGGAGUAGGGUGUUCUCUGUGUUCUGGACAGUUUCCAGUGUUCUUUUUUUCAAAGCACUUUGCUUAUAUUCUUUUUUUUCUUUUUAAUAGUCCUUUAUAGAGCUCAGUCAGGAAGGGGAUCGGGGCACAACGCCAAGCCCCCAGCAUUGGGAGAGGCCGGGCCACAGCUGCUGCCAGGCCUAAGGCUGUAAGCAGGAGGCAGCUCUGGCCAUCAGCCAGUGUCCUACCCUGCCCAGCUCCAAGGAGGAGCUCUGGGUACAGAGCCCUGGGCCCCAGGCCCUUGCCGCUGGGGCUCUUGGAUGGAGAGUCACUAUCUGUGACUGAAUAAAGUUCCAUUUUGUGGC